AUGUCUACUUCCUCUCGUGUCAGCACUCAAGACAAGACAAUUCGCAAGCUCUUGACCAUCGAAGACCAGCUGUUAUUGACACUCAUGAGGCUUAGACUUGGCCUCCUUUGUGGAGAUUUAGCAAGACGGUUCGAGGUCUCUGUAGCUUAUGUUUCUAGAACAUUUUCGAGAGUGCUGGACGACCUGGUGAAGAUCAUGCAAGAAGUUGUUGUGUGGCUUCCCCGCUCAAGGUUGCGGGCAAGCGUGCCUGAGAGUUUCAGAAACAGCGAGUACAGUCAUACAACAUGCAUAUUCGACUGCACUGAAGCACUAAUGCAAAGGCCACGGAAACUGAUGGCCAGAUCCCAAAGUUACAGCCAAUACAAGGGUGCAAACACGAUGAAAUUUCUUACCGUCAUAGCACCAAAUGGAUUUAUAAUGUUUGUGUCAGAUGUGUAUGGAGGCAGGGCAUCAGACAAAUACAUUGUAAAGACAUGUGGAGUAGAAGAGUACCUCCUUCCAGGUGAUGAGAUAAUGGCAGACCGUGGUUUCAAGCUUGACCCUUAUCUUGAGGCUCAAGGGAUUAAAAUGAACAGGCCUGCAUUUACAAAAGGAAAGGAUCAGCUACCUGAAAGUGAAGUCACCGAAACUAGGCGCAUCGCAUCGCUACGAAUUCAUGUUGAGCGGGCAAUCAACCGAAUCAAGACGUACAGAAUUUUCAAGCAAGUACUGCCCAUCAAGUCAAGAAAGUAUGCCAGCAAAAUUGUCCUUGUUUGUGCAGGACUCUGUAACCUUAAACGCCCGCUCAUCAACGAACAGACAAAAGCAUAAAUGUCCCGUGUGUACUUUAAUUUAGCCUUAAGCACUCUGAGAAGCGAGUAGGGUAAACUUCACUAAUGCCGUUUUAAAGCGAAAGCUUUAUUGGCCUGGACUUGCAAUCAAGAUUAACCAAGGCUAACCAUGCUAUGCCUUAGCUUUUGCUACGUAUAUACUGGCAUAGCCGAGCUAAGCCACUGCCAAUUUUUUUGUAACCUCACUGGUUUCGUACCUGUGAAGCUUAUGGAAGUGAUUUGAAGCCAAGGUGUUAAAAUGUGGUUGAAUGUUUUUUUAUUCAUUCAAUAUACUUGGAUGGCUCCAAUGAAGCAGACAUUAUGAACAAAUAAAAUUUCACUUGCUCAUCACAAAUUGCAAAUCUCGUCAUACUUUUUGCACAUAGCCAGCUUUUUCUUAUAAUGUAGGUCCUCAAGGUGAGGCAGGAGAUGCAAAAAGUAGAAUGUUUUGAGCCUCUUCAAGUUCUGUUCAAUGUACCGUGUGUCAAUAGGCACAUUUACAAUGACAUCACUUUCAGCCGACCACACAUAAAAAUAGCAGGUGCUUUUGCCACAGCAAAACAUGGUAAACUGCACUUGGUCAUAGUAACCAUUUUUGCCACCUGGACAAAGCACAGGUUCCCCAUUCACAAGCUUAACAUCAUAUUUUCCCUUUUCAAUUAAUACCGUGCAAUCUGAAACUGUGGGACACUUGAUCUCAACUAGAGCAUCAUCAGCACAGAUGCCAUCAGGGCUUGCAGACAGCCAAGGAUGUGUACUGCUCACUACCAUACCCGACUGCGCUACAGCCAAACCAGUCUUCCUCGUAAAUGCUACUCUUGCAAUGGCUUCAUACUUCAGCCCAUGCUUUGUGGCAGCAUUACCGGUAAAGCCUGAAUUUGAAAGCGCAGAAACAGCUUUCGAGGGAUCAGUGCUUUCCCUUUUAGGAACCCGCUUCACAUUUGAUGCAGUUAUGCGAAGGCGCCUGGCCAUGCGCCAUAGCGGGCACCCCUGUUCCCU